UCUUUUCCGGUUGGGCCCGGUCCACAGAGCCCAAAAUGGCGAGUCAGGGUACGGGGUCAGGGAGCUAGAGGGAUCAAGUGGGGGACCGGUCCUCCCAAGGCCCCGCGCUCCGGAGCUCGGAGCUCCACUCUCCAGGCCCGGAGAGGAGCGGGAAGCGGGCGCCUCCUCCCCUAGGGCGGCGGGGAGGCCUGUCGACCUUGCAGCCGAGCCGAGGAAGAGGGAAGUGGCGUCCGCGGAAGCCAGAGCUGGGCGGAGUGCCCUUGAGAAGAUCCGCUCAUUGGUUUUAUACCAAACCUGACAAGGCCUCAGUUGUCCAAGGCCCCAGGAGGAUGUCACACAUAGGAGUAAAACUGUUCCUAGAGCAGAUGAUGAUGAGACAUCUAGAGGUGAAGGCAUGCUUGUACCCCCACGUGGAGGCUUUAUGGGAGACUAAGGAGUCCGUGAAAGAACGCUCCGGUGAGAGGAAGAAAUCCAGCCCACGAAUGGACAGUCUUGGUCCCGAGAGCGCUCACCAGCACUUCCGGAGCUUCUAUUACCAUGAAGCACCUGGGCCGCACGAAGCUGUCAGCCAGCUUCAGGAAUUAUGCCACCAGUGGCUGAGGCCAGAGAUCCACUCGAAGGAGCAGAUCUUGGAACUGCUGGUGUUAGAGCAGUUCCUGACCAUUCUGCCCAGGAGCACCCAGAGCUGGGUGCAGAAGUAUCAUCCACAGAGCAUCAAGGAGGCUGUGGCCCUGGUAGAGCGCUUUCAGAGGGAACCUGGUGGAAUAAGUGAUGAGGUCACAGCCCAUGAUCGGGGAAAGGAGGCAGUGCCCUUGGGAGGAACAGCAGUGGCCCCAGGCUUUAAGUGGAAGCCCGCAGAGCCCCAACCAAUGGGUGUGUUCCAGAAAGAAUGUUGGAAUACAUACCGGGUACUACAGGAACAGCUGGGCUGGAAUACUCACAAAGAAACCCAGCCUGUAUAUGAAAGAGCGCUGCCUGCUCAACAGAUUCUAGCCUUUUCUGAGCAGAAAAGCACCCCAAACUGGAAGAUGGCGUCUGAGCUCAUCUUGCCUGAGUUCCAGAGCUUGUUGACAUUUGAAGAUGUGGCCGUGUCUUUUUCUGAGGAAGAGUGGAAAUUACUGGACCCUGCUCAGAAGAUCCUUUACAAUGAUGUCAUGCAGGAAAACUACGAGACUGUCAUCUCUCUAGGGUUAAAGCUCAAAAAUGACACUGGAAAUGACCAACCUAUAUCUGUUUCUGCAUUAGAAAUACAAGCGUCAGGACGCAAAGUGUUAAGAAAGGCCAGAAUGAAAGUUGCCCAGAAAACAACAGGCAAAGAAAAUCACGGUGCUACACGUAGGCUGCGGAAACGGCAUCGAGCUUUCCUAGGGAGGAAAAGAAAGAAACUUUCAACUUGUAAACAAGAGCUUCCAAAACAAAUGGAUCUUCAUGGGAAAGGCCAUGCAGGAGAGAAACCUUUUAAGUGUCAGGAAUGUGAGAAAAGCUUCAGGGUUAGCUCUGACCUUAUUAAGCACCAGAGAAUUCACACUGAAGAGAAACCCUACAAAUGUCAACAGUGUGAUAAGAGGUUUAGAUGGAGUUCAGAUCUUAAUAAGCACUUAAUGGCACACCAAGGAAUAAAACCCUACAGAUGCUCAUGGUGUGGCAAAAGCUUCAGUCACAAUACAAAUCUACACACACACCUAAGAAUUCACACAGGGGAGAAGCCCUUUAAAUGUUAUGAAUGUGGGAAGAGAUUCAUUCAGAACUCUCACCUUAUUAAACACCAGAGAACCCACACGGGUGAGCAGCCGUAUACCUGCAGCGUAUGCCGGAGAAGCUUCAGCAGGCGGUCAAGCCUCCUCAGACACCAGAAGCUCCACAGGGGAAGGGAAGCCUGUCCAGGGUCUCCGGUCUGAAGAAAAUCACCGUACGGCUCUUGACCCCAGAGACGAUGAAAGAGUGUAAAACUGUGAGGCACCCACGAUAAAGAAUUUGUCACCAACGGGACAUUUUGGAGGGGUACACGCCAUACGUCACAGAAAGGAGUCUAAGCUGUCUCUCUCGUUCAGCAUCGUAUCUUCAGCGCCUGGCACGAGACUGAUACACAACGAGUACUUGCUAAAUAAACGAGUGGAAAUACAGCUAUCAAAUACCUAUAGUUACCUACUCCUCUCUCUCUCUGUGUAUCUGUCUGGUUACCCAGCUUCCCCACCCUCUGUGAUCUAAAUUCUGCAAGUAUCGGGUGCUCAGCAAAUAUGUGAGAGUCUUGGGUCCUACUCUCAUCCUCUCUCGGGAGAGGUGGAAAAGAAGAGUAUUCAGGUCCUCCGAAGGGAGCUCAGAGAAAAUUAUUAAGCCGGACAGAGUUUCUGUGGCUAGCAUUCUGUCGACAGGAACAACCAAGCCCAGGGCUGAGGGAACUUUAUUCUGCAACAGGAAAGUGCCCCCAUUCCAGCAGCCUCCCCACUGAGCCCUCGCCGCCACAGUGUUUUCUGUCACGGAAUCCCAAGCUGCAGGGGAAGGCCUUAAUGCCAGCACAGACCUAGGGACCUUGCAAGCACUUGAUAUCUCUCCUGCCGCUCCUCUCAGCAUUGAGGUACAUAGAAUGAAACGAUGAUGGAGGCAGUCUGGGCCCUCAUCCCUUAAUUUGUCUCUUUGUGGAAAGCCCAGGGCCGUGGUAAAUGGCCUUUUUUUUUUGACUUUUCACUGUGUGAACUAGAAGCUUUCAGAUUGGUGCCACACUGCUCCAGGGCCUAGAGGGAAGCCCAUUUUUAUGGAAGCUUAGCCACAACCCCAUACACUUUGGAUGCUCUGCAGGAAAGUCUGGACAUUUUAUAAAGUGAUUUACUGAGAAUGGCAAGGUGAGCCCUGUGGCCUUCAUAGCCUUAGUGCACCUUGGAUACCUGGAGGGAGACAUGUCAGAGCAAAAGAAGGCCUGUGGCUUAGAGUGAUGGCCCCAGUGAGAGCCAGGUCAGAUGGAACCUGGUUUUUGAGGUUGGUGGUUUCUCUUCCUUCCCCAUCAGCCCCAGGGCUUAUCUCCUGAGAAGACCAUGUGAUGUCAAGGGAAGGGCAGGGAAGUUGGAAGACAGGGCAUUAUGGCUAUGUCAGAUCCUAGUUUAAGAUGCUGGCCGAGGCUCCUACAUAUUUAUUAUUUCAUAACAUUUUACCUUUUAAUAAAAUGGAAUGUUGUUUCGUAUUAAACAUUAAACAAAACUCCAUUGUUACCGAA